UUGGCAGUCGUCUUGGAUGCACGCUGCUGUGGUGGAGUGAAUUUUCUUCUUGGGAAUCCCUAAAGAUAGCAAAGCUGCAAGUUUUGGGUGAGAUUUGAGGACAAAGACGCGAGCAAUCUUUGGGAACGUGGCAUCGAGAAUUCAGCACUCUCUUGGGGCAAAUCUCUCGAGGAAUAUGGCAUGUGAUAUACAAGAAAUAAUGGUUGCGAUAUUUUCGUGUUAUGCUGUGCUUUGCAUACUUGUCGCACCGGUUUGGUCAUCGCCAGUACCAUCAUCAAAAGUGGCUGAUCGCAAAACCUUGAACCCGGUCAGGAAUGCUGCGGUGGCCUCUUUGUCUAGAGCACGGCAAAUAGACGAGGGGUGGUCAACCGAUAGGCCAGAAGAAGCAACCACUGCUGCACCAGAACUUCUCUCAAUUGCAAAACCCGGUGCAUCAGUGGCUACAAAUAUUCUCACGAAUCUCAUGCAGCACAAUAAUGCCGUUCACAUGGCAUUCGAAGGUGCAGCACCGGAAGAGAACUACGCAAACCUACCCUACACCCCCAUAAUUGAUUAUGCAUUCAUGAAACCCGAUAAUGCGACAACAGCGAAUGCCACUGCUAAUUGGCAAGAUACUCUUGCUAAUCUCUACAAGAAUCCAGCAUUCGCCCAAAAUGGUGGUUUGGUCAAGCUUCCUCCAGUUAAGAUUGUAGGAGCGGGAACUGAGAGCAAAUUCCCUUUUAUUCUCGAAGGUGUUGCUCAACGUAUUCAAGCAAUGUUCUCCACCUACGCACAUGAGGAUCUCAGUCGACCAGCAACAUGGGAUAGCAACAGUACACUUCUUACUAACAGAACAACCACAACAACCCCCAAAACAACCCUCAAAACUACCCUUAAAUCUACACUGCAAACAACAAGAAAGCCUGCACAAAUUACCACAAAGACUACCAAGACAACAAAGAGUAGUACCAGGUAUCCUAAUAAAAAUACUUCAACCACCCUUAGAACAACCCUUCAAACUACACGGAAACCCCUCACGCAAACUCCCACGAAAACCACGAAGAUCACGAAAACAACCCUGAGAGUCACGCGUGUAACCACACGACCAACCUCACGUGCAACAACACGUGCCACCUCACGUGCAACAACGCCAAAACCCACAUACACAACCACCAAGAUCUUCCCCUCAACCCUUCUGGUUGCAUCAGCAGAAUCAGAGCUUUCGGAAGAAAGCCCAAAUAGGAGUGAAGAGAUCGAUGUAACAUUCAGCAAACCCAUAUCAGUGGAGAAUGAUACCUACAUCUACGUGGGUGAGGGUGAUGAUGAUGAAUUCGAUCGAGGGAUUCAUCGCAAGAAACAAAGGGUCUAGCUUCAGGCGAAAUUGCAUAGAGUAAUCAUUAAUCAACCUCCGCACAAUAAAGCACAAAUUGACCGUUAUCGAGUGAGAAUAAAUCCCAAUUAUGUUGAUUGUUGAAAA